AUGAUUGUGCUUCAGGAAUGGAUCGGAUUUCUUCUACUGCCGCUCUCACUAUUUGGAACUGUUUGUAAUUGGAUGGUAAUUAUUCUGAGCAUUCGGAGCAAAUCGUUCAAGCAUGCGUUUGGGUAUCUCACCGCGAAUCAGGCAAUUGGAGACGCUCUCAUUUCAACCAUUUUCCUUUUCUACAUCUCUCCAAUGAUCAUAACACAAGAUGGAUUUCUCAUGCAAUAUUCGAAGCACUUCGGUUUUAUUCUUGUCAUUGCUUAUGAUCUCUCAACCCAUUCUCAUUUUCUAAUCUCCCUUAAUCGAUUCUUAGCAUGCUAUGUUCCAUUGAUAUAUGAAGUAGUGUUCAGCUCGUGCGUCACUGUCUGCAUUCUUCCAUUCACUUGGCUAUACUCAAUUGUGGCUACGAUAGUUAUAAUAAUCAUUUUUGAUUGCCAGUUCUACUAUGAUCCUAAUCAUGUUUUAUUUUUGUUUCGGACCAAUUCAUUUUAUUGUAAGACACUUACAAACAAGAUUCGAUCAGUCAAUCGAAAGAUUACACACACAGUAGUCGAUCAGCAGUCGCUUCUGAAGCGCAAACGGGAUAUGCAAUACUUGAAGCAGACGGUUUUACAAGGUUUUGCAUUUUCUGUGGAACUUGUCACGUAUUUCUUGAUCUCGCCGCACGUGUCGAACAAAAUUCUUAAAUUUAUGAUUAGCAUCUUCGCUUGGUGCUUCAUUCAUGCAACCGAUGGAUUUCUGACGAUCUUCUUCAAUUCGGAAUUUCAUCGGAUUUUGCAAGGGAAGCAUGAGACAAUUAAUCGAUCCCGUAGCACCUAA